ACGGAGACAGACAGCGCUUUCGACCGCAGCAGAAGCCUUCACCCUCACCCUCACUCCACUCCCGGCUGUUGAGGUUCAGCAGGUCAGCGAUUCGGCGACGCUGUCCUUUCCUUGCUGUUGCUCAGCUGAGCUGCUUAGCUGGUUCAAGGUGACUUUUGGUCGCCCGUGAUCGCUCCUUGGGUGCAAAACGGCGUAUCACGUUCUAGUCGCUUGAGGCCCUGCAGAGCUGCUGCAUCUCCGUCUCCAUGUCAGACAGCGCACCGAGCCCAAAGAAAGCAAAGAUGGCCAACUCCCUCGCCCAGCUGAAGGCCCUCACCACCGUCGUGGCCGACACCGGCGACUUCGAGGCCAUGAAGAAGUACAAACCCACGGAUGCGACCACAAACCCUUCCCUCAUGCUUUCUGCUGCCAACAUGCCGCAGUACAAGCACCUCAUUGCUAAAGCUGUGGAGUAUGGAAAGAAAGUUGGCACGACCGUGCCUGAGGCUGUUGAUGCUGCUAUGGACAAAUUAUGUGUCCUUUUUGGUGUUGAAAUCUUGAACAUCAUUCCUGGUCGCGUGUCAACUGAAGUUGACGCAAGGCUUUCAUUUGACAAGGAGGCCAGCAUUGCCAAGGCUCGCCGCAUCAUCGAGCUGUAUGAAGAGCAUGGAAUUAAGAAGGACCGUAUCUUGAUCAAGCUGGCUUCAACAUGGGAAGGCAUCCAAGCAGCUAGGGAACUGGAGUCCAAGUAUGGAAUCCACUGCAACUUAACUCUCCUUUUCUCCUUUGCCCAAGCUGUUGCAUGCGCUGAAGCUGGAGUGACUCUGAUCUCGCCAUUUGUGGGCCGCAUUCUUGACUGGUUUGUUUCAAACACCAGCCAAAAGCAGUUUGCUCCUACUGAGGACCCAGGAGUCAAGUCAGUCACAAAGAUCUACAACUACUACAAAAAGUUUGGGUACAAGACUGUUGUAAUGGGUGCAUCUUUCAGAAACACAGGUGAGAUUCAGGCCCUGGCUGGAUGUGACCUUCUUACCAUCUCCCCCAAACUUCUUGAGGAUCUGGAGAACAGCCAUGAAGAAAUUGUCCCCAUGCUCUCUCCUACCUCUGCUCAGAAGUCUGCUCUCCAGAAAGUCAGCAUGGAUGAGGCAACUUUCCGCUGGGAACUCAAUGAAGACCAGAUGGCCACUGACAAGCUCAGUGAUGGCAUCCGUAAAUUUGCUGAAGAUUGCAGAAAGCUUGAGAAGACAAUUUCUGAUCUCAUUGCUAAGUAAUUCUACACAACUCAAAUUUGAGUCUUCAAGCUUAGAAGCAUUCCUUUGUCCUUCUACAUACCUCUCUUGGUAGACCGUUUUACAUCAUGUGUCUUAUUUUACUUAAACCAAAACAGUGAUAUCUUAUGUACAAAAAGAAAAUUAGGAAAAGCUGGUAUUUGUAAUGUACUUAUAGGGUUUAGAGUAAUGUCAUUUUGAAGUACAAAGGUUGUGUGCAUUUGUAUGCAGCAUGAUUUAUAAUUUGUUAAUAGGUUCCCAUUUACAGGGUGUAGGAGUAAUUCUGUUGACAUUCCUCCAUUUUACAUUUUUAGGUGUGAUAUUCUAUGAUGUGUUAUUUGAUGCCAG